CCUUCCUUUCUAGCAUGUGAAGCAACUCCCAUGCUACAUGUCAGCUGUUCAACUGCCGUCUCGUCUCAUCUUUUUCCCCUGUUCCAAGGGCUCGAAAUACCCUCUUUUCUCUGUUUUCCCUUUUUGAAGCUCCACUCUCACUGUUUCGUGUUUCUCGUUGCUUGGUAUGCCGUGUCCCGCUAAAGUUAAGGCGAGUGAGUUUGGUUAUUGUGCUCACUGCAUGCUCAGUCUUUUCGUUGUUGCUUGGCUGCGCACACUCAUGGAUAAAAUAUGCGCCAAGUAUUUGCUGCGCCGUAUUGGUGUGGCUGGGCGAGGCAUGGGUUGUGUCUCCGCGGGGGGCUGUGGUGUUCUGGAUGUCUGGCCUGAUUGAACAGUGAUUGCGAGUGUUUUUUUGCUCGCUCGGUCGGUUUACCGGGUAACUUGGAAGGAAAUGGUGUUACGUUGAGAAUGCAUGCUGGAUGGCAGCUGUAGCGCGUUUGAAGUGCAUGGUUGAUGGCGACUGCGGUGCCAUGGAGGUAAUCGACCUGUCAUCCUAAGACGCCAAGGUUGGUGGUGCAAUGCUGGCGGCUGUCAUGCGGCAGUGGCAGUGUUCCAUGACACACCAAUAGUAGAAUCUGCCCACGC